AUGAUAGCAAGCCUGAAAGAACUUCGAGCUGAACUCGAGCGCUAUGCGGGCCGCCAUCGCGCGACCCGCAACCAGCCAGAGGCAACAUCAGAGGCCAGUCCGGAAGCCCCUGCCUUACCUGCAGCAGCUCAGGAAAAGGAGACUUCCGUCACAUCCCUUGCUAAUACCGCCGAUGAGAAAGAGGCGACCACCGAAAAAAGACCACCUGCUGUCGUGAAACCAUCGCCGAUGGUCAUCACCGUCACUACGCCGCCAUUCCCUGCCUUUGAGGGCCCUAAACCAGGGAUGCCCAUCGUGGCGGCACUGACAAGCAAGAACCCUAAAAGCGUCGCCAGUGAUGGUGGGUAG